AUGGUGAAAGUGAAAGAGUUCUUGGCGGCCAGAAGCUUACUGCUGAAUCCUUCCAAGACGCAGUUUGUCGUGUUCAGGUCAAAGUGCAAGCCCCUUGACCCUAGCGUCGCUCUACAGCUGGGUGAGGUCACAAUCAACCCUAGUGCACACAUUCGAUACCUUGGCAUUGUACUCGACGAACAUCUCUCCUUCGGAGAGCACGUUAGGCAACUAGAGCGGAAAGUUGGAAGCUGUACCUUCUCUAAGGCAAAUGUUGAUUCCAUCACUACAUCUGGUACUGUAACUUGCUCCUCUGGUUACACGAGAGUAGGAGGCAAUACCAAUGCAACCUGUCCAUCCAACUCUACAACUGGAGAGUGGGAAGAAGUAGGAAACUGUGAAGCACUGUGCACUGCACCGACCAUCGCCAAUGGAUAUGCCAGUGGAACACAGUUCAACCAGUCCAGUACUACGUAUUACUCAUCUGCUGUGUACAAUUGCAAUCCGGGAUUCAGGCUGUCAACUGGCGUCAAUAAUACCAGAAUAAACUGCUCUGUAACAAAUGAUGCAGCUGGGUUCAGUUCACCACCUACAUGUAUUGACAUCAAUGAAUGUACUUCUAGCACAGAUAACUGUCACUCAGCAGCAACUUGCACAAACACUAUUGGAUCCUUUACAUGUUCUUGCAAUCCUGGUUACUACGGAGUUGGAACCUCGACCUCCCCAUGUCAGAGCUGUACCUUCUCUAAGGCAAAUGUUGAUUCCAUCACUACAUCUGGUACUGUAACUUGCUCCUCUGGUUACACGAGAGUAGGAGGCAAUACCAAUGCAACCUGUCCAUCCAACUCUACAACUGGAGAGUGGGAAGAAGUAGGAAACUGUGAAGCACUGUGCACUGCACCGACCAUCGCCAAUGGAUAUGCCAGUGGAACACAGUUCACCCAGUCCAGUACUACAUAUUACUCAUCUGCUGUGUACAAUUGCAAUCCGGGAUUCAGGCUGUCAACUGGCGUCACUAACACAACAACAAACUGCUCCGUGACAAAUGAUGCAGCUGCGUUCAGUUCACCACCUACAUGUGAAGCUUGCCAGAUUAAUGGCACUGGCCACAGUAUCUCUUCUGUAUCUCAUGAUGGCACUGUCGUAUGUGCUGAUGGAUACUACUAUAAUGGAACGCUGCCCGUCUGUGGAGAGUCAUCCGUACACUGGCAACACCUUGUAUCUUGUCAAGCAUGUAAGAUUCCUAGCGGGAAGUUCGUUGAGUCGAUUUCCAGCGCUGGAGCCGUAACUUGCAUCAGUGGCUAUGCGGAUCGUGUGGGUAGUGCUGCACAAACCUGUACGAAUGCUGAUGGUCUGUGGCAGAAUGUAUCAACCUGCACCAUCAAAACCUGUCCGAUUCAGGCACCCAACAAUGGCACCGCAACUCCUCUUUCUGCUACUAUCAACUUCAAUGAGACGGUUGUAUAUUCUUGUCACACUGGUUUCCGCCUUGUGGGCGAAGCCAGUGCUCAUUGCCUAGCAACUGGUGAUCUGGAUGCUGCCAAACCAAUAUGCCAAGACAUUCGUGAAUGUAGCAACGAGACUCUUCAUGAUUGUCACCGUGAUGCACGGUGUAACAACACUGUGGGGAGUUAUACCUGUUCUUGUUUGACCGGCUAUGCUGGAAAUGGAACCUACUGUGAGAAUAUUGACGAGUGCAGUUCAGAUCUUCACAACUGUCAUCAAGACGCCAUUUGCACUGACACAAUGGGUACAUUUAACUGCCAUUGCAAGACUGGUUACACAGGAAAUACAACACAUUGCGAAAUUAUAACUUGUACAGUGCCCCAGCCGCCCACCAACGGUCUAAUCAGUCCAAUCAGUCAGGGAAGCUUCACGUUCAACAUCAGCCUGAGCAUUUCUUGUCUGACCGGGUAUCAGCUGAAUGGUGGUCAUAGUGUGGCUUGUCAAGCCAACGGGAAACCUUCUGCGACUAGUGGCAUCACUUGUGAUGACAUCAAUGAAUGUGCUUCUAGCACAGAUAACUGUCACUCAGCAGCAACUUGCACAAACACUAUUGGAUCCUUCACAUGUUCUUGCAAUCCUGGUUACUACGGAGUUGGAACCUCGACCUCCCCAUGUCAGAGCUGUACCUUCUCUGAGGCAAAUGUUGAUUCCAUCACUACAUCUGGUACUGUAACUUGCUCCUCUGGUUACACAAGAGUAGGAGGCAAUACCAAUGCAACCUGUCCAUCCAACUCUACAACUGGAGAGUGGGAAGCAGUAGGAAACUGUGAAGACAUCAAUGAAUGUGCUUCUAGCACUGAUAACUGUCACUCAGCAGCAACUUGCACAAACACUAUUGGAUCCUUCACAUGUUCUUGCAAUCCUGGUUACUACGGAGUUGGAACCUCGACCUCCCCAUGUCAGAGCUGUACCUUCUCUGAGGCAAAUGUUGAUUCCAUCACUACAUCUGGUACUGUAACUUGCUCCUCUGGUUACACAAGAGUAGGAGGCAAUACCAAUGCAACCUGUCCAUCCAACUCUACAACUGGAGAGUGGGGAGCAGUAGGAAACUGUGAAGCACUGUGCACUGCACCGACCAUCGCCAAUGGAUAUGCCAGUGGAACACAGUUCAACCAGUCCAGUACUACAUAUUACUCAUCUGCUGUGUACAAUUGCAAUCCGGGAUUCAGACUGUCAACUGGCGUCACUAACGCAACAACAAAGUGCUCCGUGACAAAUGAUGCAGCUGCGUUCAUUUCACCACCUACAUGUGAAGCUUGCCAGAUUAAUGGCACCGGUCACAGUAUCUCUUCUGUAUCUCAUGAUGGCACAGUCGUGUGUGCUGAUGGAUACUACUAUAAUGGAACGCUGCCAGUCUGUGGAGAGUCAUCCGUACACUGGCAAAACCUUGUAUCUUGUCAAGUAUGUAAGAUUCCUGCUGGGAAGUUCGUUGAGUCGAUUUCCAGCGCUGGAGCCAUAACUUGCAUCAGUGGCUAUGCGGAUCGUGUCGGUAGUGCUGCACAAACCUGUACGAAUGCUGAUGGUCUGUGGCAGAAUGUAUCAACCUGCACCAUCAAAACCUGUCCGAUUCAGGCACCCAACAAUGGCACCGCAACUCCUCUUUCUGCUACUAUCAACUUCAAUGAGACGGUUGUAUAUUCUUGUCACACUGGUUUCCGCCUUGUGGGCGAAGCCAGUGCUCAUUGCCUAGCAACUGGUGAUCUGGAUGCUGCCAAACCAAUAUGCCAAGUGUUGUAUCAUGACCUGACUGUUUCUCCUGCCUUCUACGCAUUGUCAGACAUUCGUGAAUGUAACAACGAGACUCUUCAUGAUUGUCACCGUGAUGCACAGUGCAACAACACCGUGGGGAGUUAUACCUGUUCUUGUUUGACCGGCUAUGCUGGAAAUGGAACCUACUGUGAGAGUAAGUGUAUUGGGACUGUAAGUUGGUGCUACAUCUACUUGGUAUGA